CCUAAACACUGAGGUCAUAAUCAACAACACCUGUAGCUCGCCCUCCAUCUAGGGUUAGGGUCUCUGUUCCUUCCCCUCUUCUUCGUUCUCCAUACAACUUCUCACUAUUUUCUGGCGUGAGACAAAGGAGCGUAAUGCAGCAUGCAUGCUACGAGCCUCGGAAGACACUAUUUGCUUCCAUAACAUACCUCCGCCUAGGCACUGCAUAUCACGACCACCCCGCUUCCCAGCCUCACAGCUCAAGCAUAGAUGAAUGUUCCGUACAGCUGUGCCACAGGGACACUGAGCAACGUUCCGACUGUCAUCGGUGAUGUGGGCCAUGUCGUCUAACCUAACCAUUGCUGCCAAGAAUCCCACCUUCUCAAGUGGCUCAACCCAGCUUCCACUCCAAUAACUCUUCAUCUCACUGCGUUAUUAGCUCGGCUCUAUGCAGUACGGGAAGAAAGCCAACCGACAUUUAUCAAGAAGACGGUGUGCUCUGUCAGCACUCCAUUGGAUAUCUCUCCUUAGUCAGCCCCUUACGAGACCAGCCAGACCAGCAAGCGUGUGGCCCAGCAGCCUCAAACGAGGGCGGUAGCACAACCUUAUUCGUGCUUUGAAGAAGCUCGCCGUUGUAUCCGUCCUCAGUCUGUAACAAACAGUCCCUUUGCUGCAGAUAAGACCCUUGUUUCUUCUUCAGCCCUGUUUACCCCGCCGACCCCAUGCAACCGUUCUAGGCCUACCUCUUGUGGAUAUGAUAUGAGGGAUGCCUAGCUGAAGAGACACAAACGGUGCCAGUGCGUUCGUCUUCAUGCAACCUAGAAGCUCACCUCAGCUAUAGGGCUACACCAUGUCACUCGACGGCGUCGUCCUUAGGUAUAAGUGAGCCUGUUCCCACCUCUCUCUCCCUCUCUCGUGUGUGUCUGCUCUGGUCUUCCUCAACUUUCUCUAGGCUGUCUUGAGUCUUCUCAAGACAUCUGAUCCUUUCUUAGUUACUUCAUAAACUGGAGUAUCCUGUCUUCUCUGUCCAAGACAACCGCCAACCCCAAGUUGCCCAAGAUGUCCACCCCCACCCCCUCCCAUCCCUCCCCCCACAACGAAGAAGAACUACAGCAAGGCUCCCCAGGAGCUCAUCCACGAGUUCUGGGACCGAUACUUCACCAAGAAGCCCGGCAAAGUCACCCGCAUCUUCCCUCGUUCUCUCUAUUCUUCCAUCCUCCCUCUCUCACUCGAGGAUGGCCAACCAGCCCGCUCAGCCCGCAACGCAGCCGAGUCUUAUGAGGCUGCAGCAAAAGAGUGCCGGGAGAAAGUCCAGCGCAUCAUCAAAGAAUGCCACCGUACCAAUGAAAAGUUCACCGACCCCGACUUUGAUAUCGAGUGGGAUCUCGAAGACAACUGCCUCAACGGCCUCGUCCGCUUCGACUGGGACGACUGGGACACCGAUGAUACCGGCAAUGCCGUCAGCGCCGACCGCUUCAAGCGAAGCCUCGACACCCUCGCCGAAUCCAACGCGCUCGGACCAGGCGGAACUGUCGCCUUGGACCCCGGAGUAGUCAGAGGCUACAUCGCCGACGACCCCUGGGCCGCUCUCUUCGGCGCCUGGGGAACCAAAGGCCAACCCGUGACCAAGGGCGCUACCCCCCAAGCUCAACAAGCUGCUGCCGCACAGAAAGGCGUCCUUCCCCACGGCAAAAACUCGCCCCGUCACCACACCGACCCCAGAGCCAACCCCAAAUCCACUAGGAGCAAGAACGGCGUCCAGUGCGGCGAGUGGUACAACCCCGGCUCCAAGCACCGCCUCGACUGGAUUUUUUCGUCUCCCCAAUGGACCAUAGAUGGGUACUCAUCCUCGGACAUCAAGCAAGGCUCCAACGGCGACUGCUGGUGGCUCGCCGCCGUGGCCACCAUCACCCACCGAAAGGACCUAAUGGACAGAGUCUGCGUCGUCCGCGACGAGGAAGUCGGCGUGUACGGCUUUGUGUUCUACAGAGACGGGGAGUGGAUCUCUGUCGUGGUAGACGACAACCUCUACCUCCAGUACCCCGACUUUGACUACUACGGCGACCGGUACGACUCGACCGGCAAGUUGGCAAGGGAGUACAGAAAGAGAUACCAAACCGGGAGCGAAGCCCUCUAUUUUGCGCAGUGCGAAGACCAAAACGAGACUUGGCUCCCGAUCUUGGAGAAGGCGUACGCAAAGGUUCACGGGGAUUACGAGGCUAUUUCUGGGGGGUGGAGCGGGGAGGCUGUGGAGGAUAUGACUGGCGGUGUUACUACCACUGUUGCUGCCAACCGGGUGCUCAGGAAGGAUAAGCUUUGGAAGGAGCUGGUGAAUGCUGAUGGGGAGUUCGUCUUCGCCUUGUCGGCUAUCGGGACAGGGUGGGAUAGCUACAAGGGUGGCCUUGCGUUGGGGCAUGCUUAUUCUAUUCUUAAGGCUACGGAGGAGGUGGGUGAGGAUGGGAAGAAGGUGAGGUUGGUCAAGAUCAGGAACCCGUGGGGUCAGAGGAGCAGUGAUGGUGUGGGGGAGUGGAACGGGCCUUGGUCGGAUGGGAGCAAGGAGUGGACUCCUUACUGGUUCAAGAAGCUGAAUCAUACUUUUGGGGAUGAUGGUGUUUUUUGGAUGAGUUAUUCUGAUAUGUUGGAGACGUUUUUGUUUAUCCACCGGACUAGACUUUUUGAUGAGAAGUGGACGGUGGUGCAACAAUGGACGAGUGUGAGUGUGGGCUGGGUGGCGGGGUAUCUCAACCAGAAAUUCGUGAUCGAGGUCAAAAAAGCAGGGACGGUGGUUGUGGUGUUGAGCCAGCUUGACGAAAGAUACUUCCAGGGCUUUGAGGGACAAUACAACUUCUCCCUUCACUUCCUGUUGAAGAAAGAAGGCGGCAAGGACGAGGAGCACAUCUGCCGGGUGAGACCUGUUCACCAGUGGGAGAGCCGAUCGGUAAGCUGUGAGGUUGACCUCGAGCCGGGGAGGUAUGAGGUCUUGCCCAAGGUGACGGCCGAAAGAUGCGACUGGAGGGAUCAAGUCGAAGACGUUGUCAAAAAAUGGGCCGAUAAAAACCCCUCCAAACUCCGCCAGGUAGGCAUGCAAUACGACCUCGCCCACGCCAAAGGUGGCAUCCCCGACGAGGACGACCUCAUCCUCAAGAAAAAGGAGGAGGCCAAGAGGAAGUCUGAGGCGAAGAAGCUCAAGACCAAAGAAAAGGCCAAGCGGAAGAAGGAGAGGGAGAAGGCUAAGAAGCGGAAGGAGAAGGAGAAGAAAAAGAAGGCUGCUGCUGCCGAGGUCACGGUGAAAGUUCCCGAGGGUGGUGAGACGACGGUUAAUGUCAAGGCUGGCGAGAAGAAGGAGGACACUGACAAGAAAGAGGAAUCGGAGAAAUCGGAGGAUGCGGUUGAGAAGAAGGAGGAUGAUGCUGCUGCUGCCACUACCAAGGCUGAGGAGAAGAAGACUGAAGCUCCCAAGACCAUCUCCACCGCCUCUUCGUCCGCCCCUGCUCCCCCCAAGGAAGGACAGAAGGAGGAGAAGAAAGACGACGGUAAGAAGGAGGAGACACUGGCUAUCAGGCCUGCCCCCCCCACCACCACCACCCCAGCCGCGGAGGAGAAAGAAGCCAAGCCUGACGAGAACAAAGCAGAAGAGAAGAAAAAGGAAGAGGAGGAGGAUGAUUCCGAGUCUGAGUACGAGUCUGAAACGGAUGAGGAGGAGGAGAAAGAAAAGGAGGAGGAGGAACAGCGGCAGAAGGAGGAAGAAGAAGCCCGCAAAUUGGCCGAGGACGAGAACUCGCCUUCCAUUCCGUGGAACGCGGUUGCUGUUCUUGGGUUGAGGGUGUAUGCCCAGGAUGCCGGGGUGAGUGUGCACCUUGCCAAGCCGAAGAGUGAUGAGGAGGGGGCGAGUUUGGUGAUUGAUAGCCAGGCUGUGGGUGCUACUAUGUAGAUAUGAGUUGAAAGAUGGUAGACAGUCUGAUGGUUUCUUGCAUCUUGACAACCGCUCUCCCGCUAUGUGUCCUUUUUUUUUCAUUUUUUUUAGAGCUAUGGCCAUGGGUAAUUGCUUGCUG